AUUAUUUCCAUCAAAAUUCAAACAGAAGACGGUCCAAUUACUUAAGAGGGGAAAUCUUGGAUAUUCAAAACAAGCUUUCAAAAGAGUCAUCUUAAAACUCUUCUAAAUAAGUACAAGUGGAGAAAUUUGCACGCACUUUGCCUACCAGCUUCCUUUUCCUCACUAUUCAUGAAGAAAUCGUGUCUUUUUCAUUAUUCCUACCAUAUAUAUAAACCCUUAAAACUAUCCACAAAACAGGUAUGCAAGGCCUUUGGUGUGAAGGAUUAGCAAUUUUUCAAUCAGGUUUGAGCUUAGCUUUAGAAGUUGAGAAUAUGGAGCAAAAGAAGAUCAGUAGCAGCAGCAACAACGCAGUUAUAAGAGAUGAGGAUGAAUAUAAAGGUGUACCAAUUCAUAGCCAAGUCAUGAAGAUAAAGCAAGAGUUUGAGAAGAUCAAGCAUCCAUCACUGCAGCAGCCAGAUAUGAGAAGGGUUCUCCGAGAGAUUACCAGGCAACGGUCCCGAUCCCCUCUAGGAUUAGCUGAAAGACCCAUAUCAGUUGGGAAUUCAUAGGAGCUACCAUAAUACACCUGUAGAAGAGAAGAAAGAGAAAUGGUUACUCUCAUGGCAGCAGGUUUUUAGGAUUAGUCUUGUUUCAAGUUUUUUUUUUUCUCCCCGCCAGUUUCUGGAUCUUUGUUCUAUCUGCAGUAGGUAUCCUCCAACAUGUUUAUGGAGAAAACCUUUUCUCUUUCUUCUCUUCGGCUUCUUCUUCUUUUGCCCUGUUCAUAAUAGUUUUUCUUCCAUUAAUAUCUAAGAGCUUCUUGUAUAGAUUAAACCAGCUUCCUCUGUUUCCUUCUCUAGUUUGAUUGUAGCAAAUCACGUAUCUGGCUUUUGACGCCCCAGUUUCCUAUUUAUCGAAACUUCUUUUAUUAA